AGAGCAACACAGAGGCUCGUGCUCUGCGCCUCGAAUCCUGUCUCUCAAGUCUGAGCGACCCUACGACGUCUCCUCUCGCUCCUUUCCCGGGGCUUUCAACGUUUAUUACCGCCUUAUAACCACCCCCGGGGGCUAGCGAGGGAAACCCUUUAAGAGCAGGAUGCAGUAGGCUGGACUCCGUCCCCUGAGAUGUUACUGAUCUAUGAAGAUGGGUCAGAGAAGGAAGUCACGCCGGUGAGGCAAACAAGCCGUCCACCACCCCUCAAAAGCUACCGCAGCUACACCAACUGACACAGCCAUGCCCCGCCUGCCCUCCUGAUUUUCCUCCCCAUCCUCCACACCUUCCCUCGGUUGAAUCACAGAGACAGCAUCCCAUCCGACCCCUCCUGUCUAGUCAGCAUGGCUACACCCUUCUUGUGGAAGCUGUCAUCCCAGAAGCUGGGCUUCUUCCUGGUCAGCUUUGGGUUCAUCUGGGGCAUGAUGCUACUCCAUUUCACCAUCCAGCAACGAGCCAGCCAUGAGAACAGCGCUGUGCUGCGGCAGCAGAUCCUGGACCUGAGCAAGCGCUACAUCAAAGCACUGGCUGAGGAGAACCAGAGUGUCAUGGAUGGGCCAUAUGUGGGAACCAUGACAGCUUAUGACUUGAAGAAGACGCUGGCAGUGCUGCUGGAUAACAUCAUGCUGAGGCUGGGCAAGCUGGAGUCCAAAGUGGAGAACAUCUACAACGGCACGGGGGGCAAUCUGACCAACGGCACCAGCACCGCCACACCCAGUGCUACAAACUCAGAAAAAGUCAACGUGGCAGACCUCCUAAAUGGAGCCCAGGAGAAGUGCGAGCUGCCGCCUUUGGAUGGUUUCCCUCACUGCGAGGACAAGCUCAAGUGGAUGAAGGAGAUGUGGCGCUCAGAUUCCUGCUAUUCUAACUAUGGGGUGGAUGGAUCCACCUGCUCCUUCUUCAUUUACCUCAGCGAGGUGGAGAACUGGUGUCCUCGUCUGCCCUGGAGGACGAAGAGCCUGAGUGACGAAACGGACCGGAGGGGGCAGGCGGAUAUCCGGACCAGCUUCGAGGAGCUUUACCGCAAGAUGUCACAACGGGAGGAGUUUCGCUGGAUGAUGCUGAGGAUCAAACGCAUGGCCGAGCCGUGGGUCAGCGCCAUCCGAUCGCUGGCUGCCAAGCAGAACCUGGCCAAGCGGCGGAGGAAGAAGAUCCUGGUCCACUUGGGUCUGCUGACCAAGGAGUCAGGCUUUAAGAUAGCAGAAAAUGCCUUCAGCGGUGGCCCACUGGGCGAGUUGGUCCAGUGGAGUGAUCUGAUAACCACGUUGUACCUGCUGGGCCACGAUGUUCGUAUUUCAGCCUCCUUGACUGAGCUCAAAGAGAUCAUGCGGAAGGUUAUGGGGAACAAAUCCAGCUGCCCCACUCAGGGCGACAAGGUGGUAGAGCUUAUUUACAUCGACAUCGUGGGUCUCACCCAGUUUAAAAAGACGCUGGGGCCUUCCUGGGUCCAUUACCAGUGCAUGUUGCGGGUGCUGGAUUCGUUUGGGACGGAACCUGAGUUCAACCACGCCCACUACGCCCAGUCCAAGGGUCACAAGACGCCUUGGGGGAAGUGGAACCUCAACCCACAGCAGUUCAACACCAUGUUCCCUCACACCCCUGACAACAGUUUCUUGGGUUUUGUUGUGGAGCAGCACCUCAACGCCAGCGACAUCAAGCACAUUGACGACAUCAAAAGGCAGAACCAAUCGCUGGUGUACGGAAAAGUCGACAACUUCUGGAAGGACAAGAAGAAAUACCUUGACAUCAUCCACAGCUACAUGGAGGUUCACGGCACCGUACACGGUACCAGCACCGUCCACCUCCCAAGCUACGUCAAGAACCACGGCAUCCUGAGCGGCCGAGACCUGCAGUUCCUUCUCCGAGAAACUAAGUUGUUUGUGGGUCUGUCCUUCCCCUACGAGGGUCCUGCCCCCCUGGAGGCCAUCGCCAACGGUUGCGCCUUCCUCAACCCCAAAUUCAACCCUCCGAAGAGCAGCAAGAACACUGAUUUCUUCAAGGGCAAACCCACUCUGAGAGAGCUGACCUCUCAGCAUCCGUAUGCCGAGGUGUACAUAGGUCAGCCCCAUGUGUGGACGGUGGAUAUUGAAAACUCUGCAGAGGUGGAGAGGGCCAUCCGUUCCAUCCUCAGCCAGAAGAUUGAGCCCUACCUGCCCUAUGAGUUCACCUGUGAGGGGAUGCUGCAGAGAGUCAACGCCUUCAUUGAGAACCAGGACUUUUGUCACGGUCAGGUCAUGUGGCCUCCUCUCAGCGCCCUGCAGGUGAAACUGGCCGAACCCGGACGCUCCUGCAAGCAGGUGUGUCAGGAGGAGCAGCUCAUCUGUGAGCCCUCCUUCUUCCAACACCUGAACAAGGACAAGGACCUGGCCAGGUUUGGUGUGGACUGUCAGACGGUGGAGUCAAGCGCCGACACGUUGGUCCCGGCCUACAGCGACACUCGCCACCACUGCAUCUUCCAGUCUGACCUGCUGCUGUUCAGCUGCGCCGGCGCCCACCAGUCUCUGCGACGCAUCUGCCCCUGCCGCGACUACAUGAAGGGCCAGGUGGCGCUGUGCAAAGACUGCCUAUAGCACCGACACGCCGGCUGACGGAGGGCUGACGGCGGUGGCGUGUGUGUGGGAGGGUUUAGAGGUUACCGGAGCAGCUGUCAAACACACACACACCGGACUCCUUUUGUGGGGGAAAAAAACGUUUCAAGACUGCGUUCGUUCUUCAUAUUUAUUGUUUUCCUCCAGAGCUGUGGGAGGAGAAACACUCCUGCAGCCCACCUGAGCGGAUUCAGUGUGAAAUUACUUGAAUCAACAAAGGGAGUGGCGUUUAAAAGCCCAGCAGAUGAGCUCUCUGUGCUGCUGCCUGGGUGGACUGAACAUAUCAGUGACUGCCUGCCUGUUUGUCUGCAGGUUUUUCGAGGGCAGCCAGGGACCAAGGAGACUCCCACCUCCCCCCCGUACAGCCACCCUCACUCCUCCAUCCAUCUCCCCUGCUCUGAUCUGAAACUGUUGUUCUUUAGGUAGGUUUGCACUGGACUGGCACGCCUGACACAAACACAGCAACAACAUAUAAACACAUCUACACACACACACACACACACACACACACACACAUAAAGGCGGCUAAAGAAGAACCCAGUUUUACACUGUAACCAACUCUCUUCUGGACAAAAGAGACAAGAUGUAACGUAGAUAUCUAGAUUUUUAUUCCCCCCAGACUUACAGCAAGCGUCCAUUCCUCCCUUAAAAAUUCAGCGGAUGUGGCUCAGUAGAUUUUCAUAAGUUGAACACUUGUUUUCAAAUGACUUUUCACUUUAAAAGACUGUGUCAAAAGGCCAGUAGAGGUAAAAGACGUCUCAGUUUGACUGUUUUACGACGAGGAUCAGGGAGGAGGGCGAGGCUCAUUCUCCGUGGCUACGUGUCGUUAGGAUGUGGUGACGUCGUGUCGUAGCUCGUCGUCGGCAGCGGCGGUAACACCUAGAAGCCUCAUUAACAACACCAAGACUCCACAGCCUGCCGAGAAACACCUUAACCCAGAUGGUCGCCUUGACAAUUUAAAGAAAAAAUUCCAAAAACUCCCCCCCAACACUCGUCUCUCAUCUGCCACACAGCAGCUGUAAAUCCUGUCCAGCAAAACUGUACGCAACAUGCCAACGAAGCGCUGCGAAACGGCGCCAAAAAAACCUCGCAUCACCGCGUUUUCUUUGGAUAAUCGUUAGGAUCUUAAUUUGCCUGGAGAUUUGCAAAAAAAACCCCUUGAAAAACAACAAAAAAAAGGUAAUAAAAUUUGUAGUUCUUGUGGUGAAUGAAAAAAUGCACUAAGUUAAUCUAUUUGGAGGUUUAACAGGAUAUUAGUAACACUGUAUAUUGUUCAUAUGAGUUUUUUCUUUUGUAUUUAUUUUGUAUACAGAUCUUUAUCGCUGUGUUUUUGCUGGAAAUCUUUGUUUUUUAUUUAUAGGAGGGGUGUCUUCUUUUGUUUUUUUUCUUUCUGUUUAGAGAUUUUUUAUUUAUGGAGGGUAAUUUAAGAAAAUAAAAUAUCUUCAAGUGUAUGAUUGAGAUGAGGAGGUUUGUCUGCGAUUGUUCCGCUUUUAGCAGCGAUGUGAGAAAAAAAACGAAUAUUUAAACAUUAUUCUGAGUUUUAACAAUAAUUUUGUCUUAAUUUUGGACUCUUAUUGGACCGUUGUUGCACAAAAUAAGGUUUUUUAUUCAUAAAUAUUUUGUAUUUAGGCACAAAUUGGACUCCAUACCUAGAAUUUGCAUUUUUAUAGUAAAUUGGUUUAAAGUUUUAGUCAUUUUUCUCUUCACUGCCUCUUUAAGACGAACACUUGCGGACAAACGUGAAAAAAGGAGCCUUGUACACUUUAAUGUGCUUUGAUUUCCAAUCUCAGUUUUUCUGUUUGCACACGUGUAAGUUCAGCCUGAAUGGCAGCGUUCGUUACACUCUACUUCCUCACUGUGUCUGCUCAGACUGUUGUUUUCUUUAUUUUUUCUUGUUGCACAGGUCAGUGAUCUGCCGCCAAGUUUAGCGUUUUAAAGAACAUGAUGUGCCUUUUCGUGGUUUUAAGUUCGCCUCUGUUUGACUGUCGGCGACCGUCGGGGUCAUUUUCACAACGCGAUGAAACAGCCUUCAGGCCCAGAGUGAAUUUUUUUUACAUUCUGCAGGAUCCUUUUCAUCUGAAUUCAAAUCAUUUAUUGUUUUCUUACUUAAAUCAGUCAAUUAAAUCAGUCCAGAUCUUGUAAAUUCCCCCUGAUUGGGCCUUUAGUGUUCAGAUUUCAGGAUGACAGCAGUGUUACGUUUGCCAAUACAUUUCUAAUAACACCAGAAGCCUCACCAAGGGAUGUUUAGCAGUAGUUAGAUUACCCCAAACGAGUAAUCGGAUUAUCGCAUUAUGAUUUUUAUUGCCUUAAACUGAUCACCCACAACAAACAAUCUGCUCUUGACCUCCUGCAGCUGUAACUGAGACACGAGUGGGUUCAGAUUCAACAACGUUAGUGUGACUGCUUCAUGUAAAAGCAUAAAGCUGGUGUCACUUUAGGUUUGUCAAGGUCCAAGCAAAUCCCAUAAAAAGCAAAUACGGCUGCACGAUAUGUUAUUUAUUAUACACAGGGUCAAAUUUGGUUGCAGAAAUGAAACACAACAUCAGUUAUAGGGCUGCACAAUUAAUUCAUUAUUAGUCAUGAAGCAGGUGUUUAACAAGCAGCCGCUUUUGUGUCAAAACUCAAUGAUUAAUUGGGAUAAAUAGACUCGUUUUGAUGUCAUUUAGGCUUAAAUUGUGCAGUUCCAGUCACUUGUAUGGAGAUAUUUCAGCUACAGAAAGAUUGAUAUUGACCAGAAAUGAUUAAUGCAAAAAACUACUGUAGAGGAAAUGUUCCAAGAGACUCGCACUUAAAAAUGUCUUGUUUCGCAUUUUCUCUCCCGCAAAAUCACCCCAAUCACUCUAGAAUGUUUCAUUCAGACAAACCAAACAUCAGACUGCAGUCCCGAUGAGCCAAAAUAAGCUGCUUUCACACAAUAGUUGAUUCAAUUCAUUGGUGGUUUUGGUCUUUUUAUGGGAUUUCUUCACAAAAACAGAGCCUCACCAGCAUUAUCCUUCAAAGUCUACACACGUCAGAGUUCCUUCUAUAAAUCUGAACCUCUGGUGUCAGUUACGUUUCAGUAAAAUUAUAAAGAGACGUUUUGAAGCCUUCACUGAACCCGGUUCCGCCAAAACCCUGUUCCGUUGCAGCUAAAAGCCUUAUUUACUUUCUGUUCGUCGAAGCAUCCGUGAGAGAAAUCCGCUCCGAGCACCGAGCCGACAGCUUGUACAGAACAAAUCACCAUAUCUUGUCUUUGUUGACCUCAGCAUUGAAUGUCUAGAUCAGAAAAGAAGAAGUCACAAACAUGUAUCAUGUGUAUUUGUUUGUCACACUUGUUUGAAGCUCUCAGUUUGCGUCCAGAGUCUAAAACAGAGCGACGAUGACAGGCGAGUAACGCAGCGACUACUUUGGAUUGGUUCUGUUUUUGUUUUGUUUGGUUCCACAGUCCUUGAUGAGUAAGAGGGAUACAACUUUAUUUUUAAAUAAACCUUUUUUCUGUGACAA